GGGUAAAGGACCCGGGAAACGAGGAAACAACGGAACGAGUGUUUUCCACCAAGAUUUCAAACAGUGAUUGGCGAUGUUGUCUCAUUUUUUUCAGUAUACUUGGCGUAAAGUAUACUAAGGUUGUCAAGCAUGAUUUCUGAUGCCCCGUAAAUCCCGAAAGACUAAGCCUCCUCUGUUGUUCCUGGAGCCACCACUGGGUGGAACUAGACUCCAAAAUGAACCCGAAGUCCGUGCAGCGCUCAAUCCAAAGUCUUUUAUUACAGAGGAGCAAAUGCAUAACAGCAGAACUCGUAAUUCCUGGGUGGUUUCACAGUUUGACCAUGUAGCUGCUGCUUCAGUGAGACGUGGGAGGAGGAAAUACCAAUCUGCCACAAGCAUUCUUGACAGAUGCACCGAUUUGUCCAAGAAAACCAGUGUUUGCAAAUUUCCCUCACUGACAUUUCAGAGGAGGGAAAGAGACCAAUCUCAUCAACCGAAGCACACUCUCAGAAAGAAAGCUUCAGACUCAUCCUUUUUGUCUGACUCGGUAAAUCAGCAGCAGGAAUCUUCCUCAUUAAAUAGAACAGUUUCUCAUCGGAGUGUAUACAGACAAGACGCGCAUAAAAGAGUGUCCUCUUCAGUUAGAGUAAAGAAUGCAGAGGACUCGGAGUUACCUGCAUGUGUUGCGUCUACCAGCGGGCAUCUUGAUCCACUUGAAGUACCAGCCGUCUGUGAGACGGGAGGAUGUGUAAUCCCAGCCUUCUCUCCUUCAACCCCUCCAUCCACAGAGGUGCGCACCCCUGAAUCUCAACCAUCUACACCACCGCAUAACCAGGCACCUGUUGUUCUGGUGGCAGACACCCCAGAGAAGGACUAUGGAGUGAAAGUGACAUGGAGGAGGAGGAGAGGUCUGAUGAUGUUGCUAAAAGAAGGAGGUCAUCUCUAAGUUUAAAUGCACAAAUUUACAUUUAGUUUUAUUGCGCUAUUCAGGGCGGCAUUUUGGCACAGUGGUUAGCAUCCCAGGUCCGUUUUGUGUUGAGUUUGCAUGUUCUCGCCGUGUCUGUGUGGGUUUCCUCCGGGUGCUCCAGUUUCCUCCCACCAUCAAGAAGACAUGCAUUUUAGAAAAUUAUACAAUGCUAUCACUUCAAUGAACAAAAAUUCAAUUCACUAUGUAAGACAGCAUUGAAAUAAAGAAAUGAGGGUGGAAA